AUGUGCGACGAAGAAGUAGCUGCAUUGGUGGUUGAUAAUGGAUCCGGUAUGUGCAAAGCCGGAUUUGCUGGUGAUGAUGCACCUCGUGCUGUAUUUCCAUCAAUAGUUGGACGACCGAGACAUCAGGGUGUCAUGGUCGGUAUGGGUCAAAAGGAUUCAUACGUAGGAGAUGAAGCUCAAUCGAAGAGAGGUAUUCUCACCCUGAAAUAUCCCAUUGAGCACGGUAUUGUCACCAACUGGGAUGACAUGGAGAAAAUCUGGCAUCAUACAUUCUACAACGAACUUCGAGUUGCACCUGAGGAACAUCCGGUACUUCUUACUGAAGCUCCGUUGAAUCCGAAGGCUAACAGAGAAAAGAUGACACAAAUCAUGUUCGAGACAUUCAAUACUCCGGCUAUGUACGUUGCCAUCCAAGCUGUCCUGUCUCUGUAUGCUUCCGGUCGCACUACCGGUAUUGUACUCGAUUCCGGAGAUGGUGUCACUCACACCGUACCAAUUUAUGAAGGUUAUGCACUGCCACACGCAAUUUUGCGUCUGGACUUGGCUGGGCGGGACUUGACAGAUUACUUAAUGAAGAUCCUCACUGAGCGUGGUUACUCAUUCACGACCACGGCUGAGCGUGAAAUUGUACGUGAUAUCAAAGAGAAAUUGUGUUACGUUGCCUUAGACUUCGAGCAGGAAAUGGCAACUGCUGCAUCGUCCUCAUCCCUUGAAAAAUCUUAUGAAUUGCCUGAUGGCCAAGUGAUUACGGUAGGUAACGAACGAUUCCGAUGCCCUGAAGCUCU